AUGAAAAUUGAUAAAAAGAAAGAGUUUAAAAAAAAAUUUAUAAUAGUUUGUUCUUUGCUGCAAGUAGCAGAUCCCUUGAAAAUAAUUGUUGAUGAAACAUUUAUUAAUUUAUGUAUUAUUCAUAAAAUUUCGAUUAAAGAAGAGUUAAAUAAAUUAUUUAAUAGGCAAUUAAUACUUAUGACAACUAAAUGCAUAACAGCAAACUCAAAAAAAUCAAACGAAGAAAGUGCUUACGCUUUAAAGAAAUUAACACAUUAUAAAUGUAAUCAUGAACAGAAAUACUUAGAAGAAUCUGUUAAUACAUUUCUAAAAAAGAUUAAUAAAGGAGAAAUUUCAAAAUUUUCUCCAAGUAACUAUUUUGAAAAUGAAAUUAAGAUUACUCAUAAUUUUGAUAGUUUAUAUAAUAGAAAAAAUGAAAUUUAUUCCAAUAAUAAUGUAAUAAAUGAAAAUAAUAAUAAAAAAGAAGAAGAUAUUAUAAUAAAAGAAAAUAAUGAAUUAAACGAAAAAAAUAAAAAAAUAGAUGAGAAAAAUAAAACUAAAGAAGAAAACAUUGAUACAAAUGAAAAUUGUAAUUUGUCUGAUUCUAUGAAAUGCAUAUUGGAUUUAGUCAAGAAUAAUAAUGAAAAAAAGUUUUUCAUUGCUACAAAUAACCUGGAAUUACGAUAUUUCUUAAGAAAAGUCUUUUUAGUACCAAUCAUUUAUGUAAGUGAAGGGGGAACAUUAAAGCUUGAAAGUUUAUCAAUAAAAAAUAUGAAAAAAAAAAAAAAUGUUGAAUUAAAAAAGAUGAAAAUGCUUCAAUGGGAAAGAGAUAUAAAGAUGUUAGAACAAAAAAGAAAUGCAAAGAUAAAAAAAAGUAUAAAAAAAAAAAAGAAAAAGAAUAGAAAUAAUAAAACAAAAGUAAAGAAUGAAGUAGAAAUAAGUGAAAAAAAAAAAGUAGAUGAUAAAAAAAAUAAAAUAGAGAAAAAUGCUAUUAAAAUAUAA